AUGCUGGGAUAUAUCUCGUCGACGCGCAAGAAAUCCUGCCGCCAGUGUGUCAAGAGCAAACGGAGGUGCGAUCUCGGCUUUCCAUGCUGCAAGCGCUGCUUUACAAAGGGAUUGGACUGCGCUUACCCCAAUGCUUCGGUUCGCGAAGCUGAGGUCGUCAUCCGGCAGGCUACGCCUGAGUUCGCCCCGUUGGUUGGCAGCGAAGUGACUCUAGGACCCGCGGAACCACCAUCGCGAGAUGUCGACCUGGCGCUGCUGCAGUCGGAAGGCUCGUCGAGUCCUGAGAGUGAACCAGGGCCACUGAGACUGAGCCAUAGGACUUGUAGGGAGCCGCGCAUUUGCAAGGAGCUAAUGACGCACCUUUGGUGUCCUUGCUAUCUUACCGAAGCGCAGGUUAUGUUUCUGUGCGGCAGGAUGUGCGCGAUGGUACCCACGCUGGCGUAUUCCGGCCACACGCCUUUCAUCCACGAAGCACUGUACAGGAACAGCCAGCCAACAGCAUACCAAGACAGCUGCAGUCUCUCCGCGCUCUACCUCGCAAAGACCGAAAGAAACCGCUCCAUAUUAACAACGUCUAUCGACGACAAGAUCGCCGCCCUCGUAGCCUCCUCCCACGGCUGGUCGCUCACCGACCACCUCGCCGCCGUCCAAGCCCUCAUAAUCUACCAAAUCAUCCGCCUGUUCGACCCCGACCUCGGCGCGCAAGCGCAAGCCGACCGCCAGAACCGCCUGCUCGAAGUGUGGACCGCGCAUCUGUGGAAGCGCUCCUUCAACGAACCCGCCUCCUUCAAAACCUGCUACGACGCCUGGGUGUUCUACGAGUCGAUACGGCGGACAGUGCUGAUGUCCGUGUUCCUAAGAGGCGGCUGGAGCUGCGUAAACCAGGGCGGGUUGUGCGACCAGGUGCCUGUGCUGGCGCGGCUGCCGCUGACCAAGGAUGGCAGCUUGUGGGAAUGCGAUUCUGCGGCGUGGGAGCAGAGGGGGCCGUGCGAUAAAGGCGUGGACUGUCUGAUUGCGUAUGGCGACUUGUCGCUGGGUUGGAAGCCGGGGACUGAUCCGGAGCAGUUGACGGGCUUUCAGCGGAUGUUGCUUGCGGCUUGUCGCGGGAGGGACGAUCCCUCACUGUUCUAUUGA